AUGACGACCCAGGUGCCCAUGAUCUCGGUGCCGUUGAAGCAGACAAAUGAAAUCGACUGGAUCACGCCCUUGAAGGGAUACAUUCGAUCCACCUAUGGCGACGACCCAGAACGCUACGCUGAAGAAUGCGCGACGCUGAAUCGGUUGCGGCAGGACAUGAGGGGCGCCGGGAAAGACAGCGCAGCUGGCAGGGACCUGUUAUACAGAUAUUAUGGGCAGCUGGAGCUCCUUGAUCUGCGAUUUCCGGUCGAUGAACAUCAUAUCAAGAUAUCCUUUACCUGGUUCGACGCCUUCACGCAUAAGCCCACGUCGCAGUACUCCCUAGCUUUCGAGAAAGCCUCCAUAAUAUUCAACAUCUCGGCCGUCCUCUCCUGCCAUGCCGCCCACCAGAUUCGGCACGAAGACACCGGUCUCAAAACCGCUUACCACUCUUUCCAAGCCUCCGCUGGAAUGUUCACAUACAUCAACGAGAACUUCCUCCAUGCGCCAUCUACCGACUUGAGCAGGGAUACUGUGAAGACAUUGAUCUCAAUCAUGUUGGCACAAGCACAGGAGGUCUUUCUAGAGAAGCAAAUUGCAGAUGGAAAGAAGGUUGGCCUUUUGGCUAAGCUAGCCAGUCAGGCGGCCUAUCUGUAUAAUCAAGCUGUGGAGGGUGUGCAGGAGAAUGUUACAAAAGCAGUCUUCGAGAAAGUUUGGCUGCUGGUCGUGCAGAUCAAAGCCAGCUACAUGAGCUCCCUAGCACAGUACUACCAGGCUCUCGCCGAUAAUGACGCAAACGCCCACGGAGUGGCCAUUGCUCGGUUGCAGGUAGCUGAGACCCAGGCCAAGGACGCGAAUCGCAUCGCGAACGGGUUUCCGUCAUCUGUGCCUACCAAUUCCAAUCUAACGGCAGAGGCUGGGUACGUCCUAGCCGAUCUGACGAAGAAGCACGUGUCUACGAUCCAGGAGAGAAUCUCCGAGUUCACAAAAGACAACGACUUCAUCUACCAUCAGGGAGUCCCAAACGAGGCCUCCCUUACAGCAAUACCCAAACUCCCUGCGGCCAAGGCCAUACCCGUCAGUGAGCUGUAUCAUGGGCAGGAUAUACAGAGGAUCAUCGGACCCGAUAUCUUCCAGAAGAUUGUCCCAAUGGCUGUCACCGAGUCGGCCAGCUUGUACGAUGAGGAGAAGGCGAAGCUGAUCCGGGCGGAGAGCGAGCGGGUAGAGGUGGCCAAUGAUGAAAUGGCAGCUAGUUUGGAUUACCUCAAGCUUCCUGACAGCCUAAACAUCCUCAAAGGAGGCAUGGAUCAGGACAACAUGGUCGACGAGGACUUCAGGAAGUGGUGCGAGGAGCUGGCAGGUCAUGCGCCCUUCCAAACGGCCUUCGACCGGUUGAGCGCGGAUAAGGCAGAAAUCACAGGCGUGCUAGACGCGAGUAUGAAGCAGCUGGACAUGGAAGAGAGUGUAUGCGAAAAGAUGCGAUCCAAGUACGGAGCCGAGUGGACGCAGCAGCCCAGCUCCCGUUUAACCUCGACGCUACGGAACGAUAUCAAGAAUUAUCGCGCGGCAAUCGAGGAGGCUGGCACAAGUGAUGCGCAGCUAUACAGCACCUUCAGGCAAUAUGAGUCUGAUUUCGAGGAGAUGAGGUCGGCCGGCGAAACCGACGAAGCCGAUGUGUUAUAUCAGCGUGCAAUGGUCAAAGCCGGAGCGCCCAAAGGCAAGAGCCCUCGGCCAGCCGAGGGUAAUCUCUUGGAUGAGGACUUUAUUGAUGGACCAACUGUUGCAGAGCAGAUCGCAAACGUUGAAGAGUUGCUUAGGAGGUUGAACCUGGUCAAGAGGGAACGGGUCCAAGUGCUCAAGGACCUCAAGGAAAAGGUUCACUCCGACGACAUCUCAAACACGCUUAUAUUGAACAAGAAGGCUCUCGCAAAUCAGGAGUCGCAGCUGUUUCAAGCGGAAUUAGAAAAGUUCCGACCUCAUCAGAACCGCAUCCUCCAAGCUAACCACAAGCAAGCAUCUCUGCUCAAAGAGUUGACGAGGACAUAUUCGGAUUUACUCAAGGACAAGCGCGUACGCGCAGAGCAGAACAAGUAUGAGGCCUUUUCUCGCCAGCGAAAUACCGUCAUGACCAAGUACCGGCGGGUAUACCAAGCGUUCAAUGACCUGAUAUCUGGGUUGAUGCGGGCCCAAAGUUUCUACUCGGAGAUGAAGGACACCGUCUCCAGCCUGCGCCAGAACGUGGAGACGUUUGUCAACAAUCGACGCUCCGAGGGCGGGCAGCUACUCUCGAGGAUUGAGCAGAGCAAGUCCGCGAGCGCUGACCAGGAGCAGCAGCGCCUGAAAGAACUCAUGGAACGUAUGUCCAUGGAUCCCUCGAGAUCACCUGUAUCUGCGGGAGGUGGUCGAAAACGGAGCAUCCCAGCGCCCAUUUCCACAUCCAGUAUACCCCAAUCAGGAUAUUCCGCGCCAUCCGCCCAACCUCUCUACAAUCCCGCUACAUCUCCCCCGGUAACACCGCGAUACCCGAUCACAGCCGCCCCUGGACAGCAGCCAUUCAUGUCUCCGGGCCAAGGCUUCCAACAACAGCACUCGAACGGCUUCCAGCCGCGUCGAGACUCGUAUCAAACCACCGCAUCGCAAUACGCACACCAGUCGGCAUCCUACAACCCCAACUCGUACGGCCCCGUCUCCCCACCUCCUCAUCAGCAAUUCUUCUCGCCGCCGCCGACGAAUCAGACCCCGCAGCACCAACCGUGGGGUCAGGCGACUCACCAACAACAGCCAUACCAGGGCGGACAUGGCUCGUUACCACAGGGCUACGUGCCUCCGCCACCGCCCCCGGGUCCACCUCCGGUGCAAAGUCCGGAUUACUUGCCGUACGGUGGGGCGUAUCCUGCCGGGCCGGGUGGGUAUGCGUCGAACCCGCGGGCGAGUCAGGGACAAGGACAAGGGCAAGGAGGAGGAGGAGGAGCAGGUGCGAGCGGGAAUAAUGCAGGGGCGGAUCCGUGGGCGGGACUGAGUGGGUGGAAGUGA